GAUUUGGUUUAAGUUUUGAUCUAUAACGAUGGUGGAUGCAACAAUAAAGCAUUCUUCAGUCUAGCAUGAAAUGGGUAGUAUAAUUGUAUAUGUCCAUUGAUACGGGAGUAGUUGUCUGCUCGGAGUGAGUUGCCAUUACUACUCUUCAGAUCCGUCCCUUAACUGUAAUUUGUCACCACCACCGGGAAAGGGGGACGAUGUUACCGCCGGAGCUUCAACCCUUACAGUAUCGUCCUUACAUAUCACCGUCGUCAUCUUCAUCUUUGAGAUUCAGUGGGGGUGGAAAUCCUAACCCUAACCCUAGGUCUGAUCGAUUGAAGAAUUCGCGAUACACUCCAUCCACCUUCGCUCACAAUGCUCGGAUCGCCAUCGCUCUCGUCCCCUGCGCCGCCUUCCUUGUUGACCUUGGUGGUACUCCCGUCGUUGCCACCUUAAUCCUGGGCCUCAUGUGCUCUUACAUCCUCGAUUCCCUCAAUUACAAGCCUGGCGCCUUCUUUGGAGUAUGGUUUUCUCUGAUAUUCGCCCAGAUCGCCUUCUUCUUCGGAGCCUGGUUCUCCCUCUCCUCUGCCUUCAACUCCAUCUCUCUUGCCAUUCUCGCCUCUUUGCUAUGUGCUCAAACUACCUUUCUGAUCGGGGUCUGGUCAUCUCUUCAAUUCAAAUGGGUUCAGAUGGAGAAUCCUUCUACUGUACUUGCUUUGGAGCGCCUUCUCUUUGCCUGUGUUCCUGUUGUUGCUGCUUCCACCUUCACAUGGGCCACUGUUUCUGCUCUUGGUAUGGCCAAUGCCUCUUACUAUCUCAUGUCUUUUAACUGUGUAUUCUACUGGCUUUUUUCCCUUCCCUGUCCUUCGUCCUUCAAGUCUAAGCUCGAAGCUCCCCCUCGUUACCAUGGCGGUGAACUUCCUGAUGAUAUGUUCAUUCUUGGUCCUCUAGAGAGCUGUUUUCAUCUUCUUCAUUUGCUCUUCUUUCCUUUGCUCUUUCACAUUGCAUCUCACUAUUCCAUCCUUUUUUCUUCCUCUUCCUCCUUAUCCGAUGCCUUCCUUCUAUUCUUUGUCCCCUUCCUCUUUUUGCUCUAUGCAUCCACCAGGAAUUCUCUCUGGUGGCUCACUAAAAAUCCUUCCCAGCUGCAUAGUAUCCGCAUCGUUAAUGGGGCCAUCGCUUUACUUGUCGUUGUUGUCUGCUUGGAAGUCAGGGUUGUUUUCCAUUCUUUCGGCCGUUACAUUCAGGUCCCUCCUCCUUUCAGUUAUCUUCUUGUUACUGCUACAAUGCUCGGUGGAGCAGCUGCUGUUGGUGCAUUUGCCUUGGGUAUGAUUGCUGAUGCUGUCACUUCUCUGGCCUUUUUCACCUUGGCUGUCAUAGCUAGUGCUGCUGGCGCUGUUGUUGUGGGAUUCCCCAUUUGGCUGCUUCCGCUUCCUGCAGUGUCUGGAUUUUAUCUUGCUCGUUUUUUGGUUAAGAAGUCUUUGCCGUCAUAUUUUGCUUUUCUCGUGCUUGGGAGCCUGAUGGUUAUGUGGUUUGUGAUGCAUAAUUUCUGGGAUCUCAACAUAUGGUUGGCAGGCAUGUCUCUGAAAUCCUUCUGUAAGCUCAUCGUUGCAGGUGUUGUCCUUGCUAUGGCUACUCCUGGCUUGGCUCUUUUCCCUCCUAAGCUUAAGUUUCUGACUGAGGCUGCUUUAAUCAGCCACGCUGUGCUGCUGUGCCACAUUGAGAAUCGAUUCUUCAAUUACAGCAGCAUAUAUUAUUAUGGUCUGGAGGAUGAUGUGAUGUACCCUAGCUACAUGGUUAUGUUAACAACUUUUCUUGGCUUGGCUCUGGUAAGGAGGCUUACUUCAGAUAGCAGAAUUGGGCCCAAGGCAGUCUGGAUUUUGACUUGUCUGUAUGCUUCAAAGCUAGCAAUGUUGUUUAUCAUGUCGAAGUCUGUUGUAUGGGUCUCAGCUGUCCUAUUAUUGGCCGUUUCUCCUCCCUUGCUUCUUUACAAGGACAAGUCAAAAACAGCCUCAAAGAUGAAACCUCAGCAAGGAUAUAUGCAUUCUUUUGUGGUUGCUUUCGCUGUCUGGUUUUGUCGUGAAGCCAUUUUUGAAUCUCUUCAAUGGUGGUAUGGCAGACCUCCAGCUGAUGGCCUACUGUUGGGUUUCUGCAUCAUUUUGAUAGGAGUGGCUUGCAUUCCUAUAGUUGCCCUCCACUUUUCCCAUGUGCUGAUUGCCAAAAGGUGCUUAGUACUUGUGGUGGCAACUGGACUUCUCUUUAUCUUGCUGCAGCCACCCAUCCCAUUUUCAUGGACUUAUCAUUCUGACCUCAUUAAAGCUGCUCAUCAGACUGGAGACGACAUCUCUAUAUAUGGCUUUGUGGCAGGGAGAGCUACAUGGCCUUCUUGGCUUCUUAUUGUGGCUAUCUUGCUCACCCUUGCUGCAACAACCUCAUUAAUUCCUAUAAAGUACGUUGUCGAGUUAAGAACCUUUUAUUCCAUUGCUGUUGGUAUUGCUGUGGGUGUCUACAUAUCUUUUGAGUUCUUCCCUCAAGCUGUUGUCCUGCAAGCCCUAAUUGUUUUAACCAUGAUCUGCACCUCGGUAUUUGGUGUCUUCACACAUUUCCCAUCUGCUUCUAGCACAAAAGGUUUACCAUGGGUUUUUGCUCUCCUUGUUGCACUUUUCCCUGUAACCUACUUAUUAGAAGGUCAGGUUAGAAUUAAAAGCCUCAUAGAUGGUGGAGAUAUCACAGAAGAGGAACAGAGACUAACUACAAUAUUGUCUGUUGAGGGUGCGAGGACGUCACUCCUUGGAUUAUAUGCUGCAAUCUUUAUGCUUAUCGCAUUGGAAGUAAAGUUUGAGUUGACUUCGAUAGUGCGGGAGAAAGCUCUUGAAAGGGGUGGUUAUAAGCCGAGUCAAUCUGGUCAAAGCAGUUUGGCAAAUUUCCCUGCCAAAAUGAGAUUUUUGCAGCAGCGUAGAGCUUCCAUGGUGCCAACAUUCACUAUUAGGAGGAUGGCUGCCGAGGGAGCCUGGAUGCCUGCAGUUGGUAAUGUUGCUACUAUUUUGUGCUUCGCAAUAUGCUUGAUCUUGAAUGUUAAUCUCACUGGUGGUUCAAAUCGUGCUAUAUUCUUGCUGGCUCCGAUCUUGCUGCUACUCAAUCAGGAUUCUGAUUUUGUUGCUGGGUUUGGUGAUAAACAACGGUAUUUUCCUGUUGUUGUUGUUAUUUCAUCCUAUUUAGUCUUAACUGCUUUACACAGCAUUUGGGAAGAAGUGUGGAAUGGAAAUGCUGGUUGGGGGUUGGAGAUAGGUGGGCCAGACUGGUUUUUUGCAGUAAAAAAUGUGGCUCUCCUGAUUCUGACAUUCCCAAGCCAUAUUCUUUUUAACCAGUUUGUGUGGAGCUACACAAAGCAGAAGGACAUGGCCCCUUUGCUUACUCUACCUCUAAAUCUGCCAGCCAUCAUAAUUACAGAUGUGAUCAAGGUCAAAAUUUUAGGGCUGUUGGGAGUUAUUUAUUCCUUGGCCCAAUAUCUAAUAUCAAGACAACAGUACAUUUCCGGAUUGAAAUAUAUCUAGAUAUGCAGAAACUUUGUACAAUACUUUUUUGUAAUCGUCAGAUGGGAAUUUCAGGUUCGUCUUUGGCCACUCAUGGUUUAGCAUAGUUUGAGUUGUACAUUGGUUGCUUGAGCUGGCUGUUGAUUUUGAAAUCCAUAUAUUAGCGCUCUAAAA